AUGGACACCUUUCUGAUAGGACAAGUGGCCUUUUGGUGGGCGCAGUACAGUAUCAAGCCAGCUGUGAUUGUGGACAAGCUGAUUGAAAUUGCCGUGGAUAUCCUGGUUCCUCCCAGACAGACCAACCAGAAUUCGGGAAGUGCUCAUGGGUGGUUCAUGAGCCGAUGGAACUCGUUGGACCGUGCUGCGGAAAAGACACAACGAGAACUUGAAAUUCGCAACGAUCUGCGAAGAUGGGAUCGAGACAAUCCGGAAAUGAGGCAUGAAAUCAUUGUACGGACCAUUGUGUCGGGAAUGGUGUCGGUGAUUGCUACCAAUGUCUACAUUAGCUUUUGUCGGAGGAUUCGUGGCAAUGAUAGUCGAGGAGGAAGAUAUCAUUGA